AUGAGUAGAGCAUUUGAAUAUCACUAAAUAGAUUCUCUUCAGAGCAGCAUACUCGAGUGGUUCGACUCCUUCAACAUUGAGCACAUCCCAGACACCUUUACAGAUCUCUAUAACGGAAUAGCUCUAUUUGAAGUUCUAAACAAAGUAGAUAUCAUGUUCUGGCCCAGGAAUAAAAUUCUCACAGGACCUAUCAGUGAUGACUAAUCUAUAUCUAAUUUCAACAACAUUUUAUCUGGUCUGGACAAGUACUAUCAUCAGAAAUUAGACUGCAUCAUCAAUUCCCAGACUGCCUAAAUUGACAGUGAAAAGUUAGUGAUAGAUAAGGAACAAAGCACGCUUUAUGACAUCAUUGAGCUUAUUAUGGGCACUGUCAUUAAUUGUGAGGAUAAAUAGGAGUAUAUUGAGAGAAUGCUUAAUUUAGAUGAAAAGACUCAAGAGGACCUCAAGAAAUUGAUAGAGAAGGCUUUGAAUAGAAUGUCGGUCGAAAUGAGUGAAGCAAGUCAAGUAUCAGAUUCAACAGCUCAUUUAGAAAUGUAGUCUUAAAUCGAAAGACUUGAAAGAGAAAGAAAGCUUCUUAGGGAAAAGAUUUAGGAAGUUGAGAAUGAAAGCAGGUCUCUCAAAUACGAAGUGAAGGAAAAAAAUCUUCUGUUGAAGAAUUUAGAAUAGUAGGUUCAAUAAUUGAGUUAUGAAAAAGAAUUGAGAGAUAUGAGAGGAUCGAAAUAAGAAUUAGAUCUAUCAGGUCUCAAAGGAAUCGGUGAAUUAGAAGCUUAGAUCAGCUUUAAAGAUAAGGAAAUCUAGGAACUCAAACAUCAAAUUGAAGAGUAGAAGAAUAACUUUAAGACUUAAAUAAAAGAGUAUAAAGAAGAGAUCUAAGAAACGAAAGAAAGACUAAUGAAGCAACAGAAAUCGGAAGCUUAAAUGGAGGUCUAUAAGUAGAUGAUAGAGGAAGUGACAGAUCUCAGGAAAAAAGUAAAUGAGUAUGAGACUCAAAACAAUAAGCUUUCAAUGUAGACUAAGACUUUAGAACAUGAAGUUAAGGAGUCGGAGAAAUAUAAGAAUGCCAUUGAAUUCUUGAAGGAAGAGCUGAAGAAGACCAAGCAAGACUACCAUAUGCAGUAACUAGAACUUGAGAAGUCUAAGUCACUUCACAAAGAGACUUCAGAUAAAAAUGCCAAGCUUGAGAAGAAAUUUGCCUAACUAGAGAAGUAGCACUAGAGUGCUAGAGAAAACUUGGAAAUAGCCUAAUCAAAGCUAUCAGUCUACGAGGAAAACCAAGGCUUUUCGAAACUAGCUCGAAGCAGCUUAACUGAUUUUUAGAAAAUUGGUGAGGAGGACUUGCAGGAAAAAGUGAAUGAACUAGAAAGGCAACUCAGAGAUUUAGAAAAUGAGAACAGAGUGCUAAGAAUAGAAAAUCAAAGUGAAUUGAACACGCAAGUGCUUAUUAUGGAGUAAAAGAUAAUUGAUCUUUCUCAAGAGAUUGAAAAGUAUAAAAACUCAAUAGAUCUAAAAGAACAAAAGAUAAGACUGCUGGAAGAUGAAAUUGAUGGUCUUAGGAAUAAAGUGGAUUUAGACUAUGACCAAAGAGAGCAGAAGCAUGACAUGAAUAAGGAGAUUCUCAAACUUAAAAUAGAAAAAGAUUAGCAAAGAGAAAAACUUGAGAAACUAAUUAAGAAGUUAGAGUAAAAGAAAACUAUUGAAGCAGAUCUGAAAACCAAUAAAGAAGAAAAGUUAAAACUUGAAGAAGAGAUCAGAAAAGUCCACAGAGAAAAAGCUGAUGAAAGAGAAUAAUCACUCAAACUGCAGGAGGAGAAAAUAAGACUCCAGAGUUAAGUUAUGGACUUUGAACUUAAACUAUCUUCACUCUCUAAAGAUAAUGACACCCUUGAGAAGAAUUUAAGGUAAAUCCAAGACGAGAACUAGCAUGUGAGAAGCUCUAACAAUGAGACUGCCAUUGAUAUUCAGAAUAAAUUCACUAUUUUAAAGCUAGAAACAGAGAGGGAUCAACUUAAAUGGUCUUAGGAGAAAUAAGAGAUUCAAAAUAAACUGAAUUAGUAUGAAAAGCUACACUCCUCUAAGGAGCAGGAAUUCAAAAUCAAAGAAGACCAACUCAAGCAAAAACUCAACGACGAGGUCAGAAGUAUUGAAGACAGCUACAAAGAGGAGGUUGAUAGACUAAACUAGAUUCACAGAGAGAAGUAACUUGACUUGCUACAGCUGAAAUCGAAGUUUGAGGAAUAAGAUAUGGAGCAUCACAGAACCAAUGCUUUCCUAAGCAGUGCUUUCUAUAACUUGGGCUAUGAACACAUAAAGUCCUAAAAAGACAAUCAAAUCUAGAGUAUGUCAUGGCUUGACAAACAGAGAUACAGAGCUUUUAAUACAAGCUUCGACAUGAUCUAUAAUCCCAAUUGA